AUGGCCUGGCCGGUCAUUCCGAAACGCCCGAGCGAGGACCCCGACGAGGAGUCGGAGAUACAGCGUCUGGCCCCAGCCAAGAAUGCGCUCGCGGGGCGCGACCGCGAGGCUCCUCCGCAGCUGCGGCACGCGGAUCGUCCGGCGGGGCAAAAGACGCAUUUGCGCGAGUCCUGGGUUCGAUGUGACCCAAGUGCGGAGCGACGCAUCCAGGAAAUCAAGAUGGCGGCGCAGGGUGCCUUCGAAAACGCGCGCCAGCAAGAGCUCGCCCCUCUCGAGGAUCACGGCAAACAGUUCAUGCAGAUUAUAGGGGGCGCGGAUGUCGCAGACCCAGACCACGUGGACGACCACGCCUUGACCCCUCUCCACAACGAGGUGGAUGCCUGCGCCGUCUCGAAGCGAGAGGGGAUGGCCGCCCGCUGUCUGGGCCGCCGCCUGCGCGACCUGGGCCGCGCCGCCGCGGGCCGUGAGUCGCGCGGCGACGCGGCGACGAAUUCGGCGAGCAUUGGCGCAAAGAUGGUCGACGCGCUGGCAGUGGCCGGCGCGAACCUCGAGGCCGACGAGCUCGGCAUCCCCGACGGUGCUUGGCCCAUCAUCUCCAAGGGCAUCUUCCCGCCCGCCAUCUCAAACAUCUCCGAGGGCGCCUUGCCCAAGACCUCCGAGGGCAAUUUCACGCCCAACGCAGGCGAGGGCCACCUCGAGCCCAGCCCGUGGACAUCGAUGGUCAUCGGGUUCGCACGCCAGGACAUGCAGGAGAUGAGGAGCCACCCGCCAAUCACGUACACGCUCCGCAGUGCCGGCGGCGAGCCCCGCGAUUUCGUAUUGGACAACACGCAGUACAUGACCUCCAGGGAAGACGCGUGUCUGCCAGCUUUCAUGCGCAUCGACGUGCCGCCAGCGCACGGCCCUGCGAUGGUGCUCGGCGAGGUGUUCCUCCGCCAGUACUUCUCGGUCUUCGACCGCGGAGACGGCAGCGACGCGGACGCGCGAGUCGGCUUCGCGCGGGCGAAGGGGGCCGAUGAGGUCGAGCAGCGCCUCAAGGACCUCACGAAGCACCAGCCGGCGUUCGGGCAGCGCGGGGCGUCGCAACAGUCGGCCACCCUUGCGAGUUCCUGA